AUGGAAGUGGCAGAAACUCUUGUGCAAGAGGACAGUGGGCCUGGUUUGGUGUUGUUUCUAUUGCUGGCCGGCGUGGGUGGAUUCUUAUCAUCAUCUGGUGCCAAUGUGAUGGCUUGGUCCGAGUACCAGAAACGCAAGGGGAAGGAGUGGUCCAAAUGUCAAAGUUUUGGUUUCUCCAUGGCAUGUCUCUUCUUGAACCUCACUGGUAUCGGCAUGUUCUUGGCUUCCACCGCCCUGGGCGGAGCGGUAGCCACAGUGAUGCCCAUCCAAACCGGGGCCAACUUGUUGGGAAACAUGUUCUGGCAAACUCUGCUGGGCAUGAAAUACUAUACCAAGCACCUUGGGCAACAUGCUGAAAGCAAGCAGACUAAAUUUUCGGAGGAUGGAUAA